AUGUCAGUGAAUACAUCAAAUACACCGGAUGGACGUGGAGUACUAAUUUACAAUGGCGAAAUGAUAUUGAUUUAUACCGAUGAAGUGAGCUGCCAUUUUGACAAUGGACCGGAUAAUAUUUUCAGAGGAAGUAAAUCCGGAAAUUUAUACCUAACAAGUCAUCGUGUCAUUUUCAUUAAUCGAAAAAAUGAUUCGAUGCGUUCAUUUUCGAUGCCAUUUCAUUGCAUGAAGGAUGUGAAGCUUGAACAACCUGUUUUUGGAGCUAAUUUUUUGAAAGGCAUUGCUUUAGCUCAACCUGGUGGUAAUUGGAGUGGACAAGUGACUUGGAAAUUAACAUUUAGUAAAGGAGGAUGUAUUGAUUUUGGAAUGGCAUUAUUAAAGGCUGUGGACAUGGCGCAACGCUUUCGUCCACACGGUGCGCCACCAGCUUACGCUCCACCACCUGGAAAUUAUUUUUCUGCACCACCAUCGUACUAUAUACCUCCAGAAGGAAAUUAUAAUGGUUUCCAGGCUCCAACGAAUACUUUUCCUAAUCAUCCACCAGCUGGUGAUGUUUACAUGUACGAAGCACCACCGCCAUAUUCCGGUAUCGGUCCAGAUGCUUCACCGAUACCAGCAGGACAGCUACAAGGUUAUGGAGUUGUACCAAGCGCUCCAUCACACAAGCAGAUGUAUGCACCGCCGCUUCCUACCAAAAGUUAG